ACGCUCAGCGGGUGGUGUAGUAUCGCUAAUGUUAGUGUAGUACGUUAACGUGUGGCGUUGUGUUGAAGUUUAACCGCUUAUAUUUAAAUUUAUACGCUUGAAUUUGUUUCGUUAAUUCACACACAGUCACUUCUCGUUGACGGAACUGCUAGCCGUAGCUUAGCGGAUCCAGCGUGAACUGUGCACCGCUGUUCGUGACAACAACCAGUCAGCAGCAUGAAUAACAAAAGAAGCCCAGACUGUCUGGACAGCGAGGCCACCGGACAAGACCCGCUCCCUAAAAUACCAAGGAUUAUGAAGAGCCUCCAGCUGAUCGCCAUUGGGUUUGUUAAGCUACUACAAGAAGCUGAGGGUGGAGUGGUGGACAUCCAGGACGCUGCCAAAAUCCUGGCUUCCGAUCAGAAAAGGCGGAUCUAUGACAUCACAAAUGUGUUGGAGGGCGUCGGUUUAAUCAUGAAAAUAUCGAAGAGGAAAGUCAAGUGGAUUGGUGCAAAGCCAGGCCAGGAAACGUUUGACCGCAGAGUGUUGGAGUUAAAGUGUGAGCUGGACGAUUUGGAGCAGAGUGAGUUUAUGUUGGACCAGCAGAGACAGUGGGUCGAACAGAGCAUCAAGACCACGAGAGACGACUGCAGCAAUCUGACAUAUGUGAGUCACGAAGAUAUCUGCAACUGCUUCAGAGGCCACACACUCUUGGCAGUAAAAGCACCUUCUGGCAUCCAUUUGGACGUCCCCAUUCCCAAAGCUAGCCUGAGAGGUCCAGUGCGGUACCAGAUCCACAUGAAAAGCACCAGUGGACCAAUAGACAUCCUACUCCUGAGCACAAACUCUGCCACCUCUGAUCCCGUCACUCUGCCUGUGCCGCCGCCCGAGGACGUUUUACGGAACGCCAAAUUAGCCAUGCAAACUUCAGAUGCGGCAGGAGACGGCGACACACCUGCUGAUGCCGUACACUGGAAUGAAUGCAAAAUUUAUCAAAGGAACUGAGGAAACUCCUGGACCCGACUUCAGAAAUAACGAAAGCAGAUAUUUUCACAAAGCUGAUCUCCUCUGAAGUUUUUCCUGCGCUCAGACACUUAUUUCCGACUCCUCCAUCUCAGUGUGACUCUGAUCAGACGCUGGUGACCGGGAACUCUUCAUGACGAGACUUUGUAUGUAAAGUUUUUCCCUCUUUGCACACAAAAGUCAUUCGAUGUAGGCCACAUUGGUGUUGCAAUGGCUGAAGAGUGUUGCCUCAUAGCAAGAAGGUUUUGAAUCCCUGUGGUGGAGUUUGCACGUUCUCCCAAAAUCCAAAAACAUGUGGAGGUUAACUGGACACUCUACCAGACACUAAACCUGACCGUGUGAGGUGUGAAUGUGAGAGUGAGUGGUUGUUUGUCUUUGUGUGUUUGACCUGUGACCCUCAUGUGGAGGACUUUUUUAAUACUGUGUUCACCUAUUCACAUAUUUAAUGCUGUAUGUUUAUACGGACAACUAUUUUCUGAUAUUAAGACAAUAAUCUAGUUAGACUGAAACUUAAUAAUUAAUAACAAUUUUAAAAAUUCCAACUCAGAAUCAGAAAUACUUUACACUUAACUGCUGCUUAAAAUAGUGAGAUUGCAGUCGUUUUAUCAGUGUUAUCUUGUUAUCAUGAGAAAACGACAGAAGAGUAUUAGAACCACAUGUAAAAAAAAAAAUGUUUUGAAAGAAAGUGGAAAAAAAUAAAAUAAAACAGGAAGCAUUCUCAGAAAAAAAGACAGAAUUCUGAGAUUAAAAUUAGAGUUCUCAGACAAAUACUGAGGAAAAGGGUUGGAGUUCUGAGAUUAAAGUCAGAAAGUCGGAAUUCUUAGGGAAAAAAAAGUCAUAAUUCUGACUUUAAUCUCAGACAUGUACCAGAUUAUUGCUGGGAAAGGUUUUACAGUGUAACACCACAAUACAGGGCCGAAGGGAUGAAUUGCAAUAAAAGUUUGAUUUUGUGGACUUAAAUGCUGCCGAUAUUACAUGUUCCCCAUCACAUUUGAAAAGCUAACAGUGACACAAGUCUACCUCAUGAUGGCGCCAGAGGGAAAGCCAGUAAGGAUCAGUGCUCGAAGGAAAGUUCUCAGUUCAACAGUGCAGUGGUUACUGUGCUAUUUUCAGAUCAGGGCCAUCAAACCUCUAACCUCAAACUUGUCUGUGCUAAAAACUUGUUCACAUCUGCUCAACCUGUAAAUCUGGGUUUUCGUUCUGUUCUUCUUCCUCGUUGACAAAAACUAGACAUGCAAAAUGUGUCAUAAUGUAGCUAAAAUCUGUCAAUUUGGAUAUGAAAUGUGUUUUGUUUUGUUUUAAACAAAAAAACAUUUGUUAUGAAGUGAAGUACGAAUAAUAAAAUUGAUAGGAUUCCAGAGUGUCAUUGAAUUAAAUAAUAAAUAUUUAAGAAACCUUUA